UGGCCGCCCGCGAGCUGCUGCGCGUGCCGCCCGCCGCCCUGCCCAAGCCGGUGCCCCCCCCUUCCAACCUGCUCUCCCUCUUCUCCCGCUACGUCGACCAACAGAAGCUCAACCUGCUGCAGACCAAGCUGCAGUGAGCGCCGUGCUCAGCCCCCCGCCGGCACGGCGCCCCGGGGCGGGCACAGCCCACGGCUGCCGGCUCCGUGGCUGCGUCGCGUCGCGCCGCCCACCCGUGGCACUCACAGCCCCGGCGCUGCCGCCCGGUUCCGGCCCGCAGCCCCGAGCGCAGCUCCCGGUGCCGGUUCUGCUGCUGCCUUCUGGUGUCUCCUGCUUCCGGAGCCCGGGUCCGGCCCAGCCCCCCCAUGCUGUUUGCACACCCCCUGCCGCCCCCCCGGCCCCUGCGCACCGCAGUUGCUGUUCUCACACACACACACACACACACACACACACACACACACACACACAGCCCCCAUAGCCCCACGCCAUCCCGUGGACGUCCCUGUAUUAUUAUAUAUAUAUUUUAUUUUAAAGGUUUUUUUUUUUUUGUGCUUUUUUGGUUUGUUUGGUUUUUUUUUCCCCUUUUUUUUUCUUUUUUUUUUUUUUUUUUUCCCCUUUUCGGUUUUGCCCGGUUUUCGGCUCUGGAUCAGGAGAAUAAAGUUUCUAACUUUACAUUUUUAUAGGAUGUAAAUAAAGACGGAUUCUGUACGGCCCCGCCUGGCCUCUGCUUGACCCGCCCCCUGCUGACGUCACGAGCAAAGCCCCGCCCCAGGCGGUGACGUCGGGCCUACGUGGCCACGCCGCGCCCUGGGUUUAAAGGCCGUAGGUCAGCGCCCCGUGGCAGCGCCCUGGAGGCCAAUCGGCGUGCGCGCUGCGGGAGGUCCCGCCCCCCGGCCAAUAGGCGGCGCGAUGAGUCACCGCUCUUCGGCGUCAGCCCCGCGUGGCUCCCCUCCCCGCUUCCCAUUGGCUCGCCGCGGCGACGGGCGCGCCGCCGAGCCAACGGGAGCUCGGGACGAGGCUCGCGGCGUCGACCAACCGGAGGGCCGGCGCCGCGCCGCGCUCGCCCCUCCGCCAAUCGGCUCCGCGGGGCGGGACGAGCGGCGCUCCUCUCGGCCAAUGGGCGGCGGGGCGUGGCGGCUGACGGCGGCGGCCAUGGCGGAGGUGCGCGGGGCGGGCGCGGGCCCCGGCGCGGCGCUGCCCGGGCCCAUGGCGCUGCCCGCGGCGCCCGGCGCGGCCCCGACGCUGCCCUCCCCGGCGGCGGGAGGCGGAGGCGGCGGCCAAGGGGCGGCUCCGGGCCCGGCGGCGGCUGCGGCGACGGCGGGGAGCGGCGGGGCGGCGCGGGAGGGUUGGCUCUUCAAGUGGACCAACUACAUCAAGGGCUACCAGCGGCGGUGGUUCGUGCUCAGCAACGGCCUGCUCAGCUACUACCGCUCCAAGGCGGAGAUGCGCCACACGUGCCGCGGCACCAUCAACCUGGCCACAGCCAACAUCACGGUGGAGGACUCGUGCAACUUCAUCAUCUCCAACGGCGGGGCGCAGACCUACCACCUGAAGGCCAGCUCCGAGGUGGAGCGGCAGCGCUGGGUCACGGCACUGGAGCUGGCCAAGGCCAAGGCUGUCAAGAUGCUGGAGGAGUCAGAUGACUCCGGCGACGAGUCGGUGUCCCAGACUGACAAGACGGAGCUGCAGAGCACGCUGCGCACGCUGUCCAGCAAGGUGGAGGACCUGAGCACCUGCAACGACCUGAUUGCCAAGCAUGGCACGGCCCUGCAGCGCUCCCUCAGUGAGCUGGAGAGCCUGCGCCUGCCAGCCGACAGCACCGAGAAGAUCAAGCAGGUCAACGAACGCGCCACGCUCUUCCGCAUCACCUCCAACGCCAUGAUCAAUGCUUGCCGGGAUUUCCUGCUGCUGGCCCAGACCCACAGCAAGAAGUGGCAGAAGUCGCUGCAGCACGAGCGGGAUCAGCGCAUCCGCCUGGAGGAGACGCUGGAGCAGCUGGCCAAGCAGCACAACCACCUGGAGAGGGCGUUCCGUGGUGCCACCGUUCUGCCCGCCGGCUCUGCUGGCAGUGGUGGCUCUGCCAAAGAUCCCUGCUGCUCCGCAAAAGGAGACUUGAGCGACGAGGAUGAUGACAACGAGUUCUUUGAUGCCCCGGAGAUCAUCACUGUGCCGGAGAGCAUGGGCCACAAGCGCACCGGCAGCAACAUCAGCGGCACCAGCAGCGACAUCAGCCUGGAUGAGCAGUAUAAGCACCAGGUGGAGGACACCAAGAAGGAGAAGAGAACCCGCAUUCCCUACAAGCCCAACUACAGCCUCAACCUGUGGAGCAUCAUGAAGAACUGCAUCGGGAAGGAGCUGUCCAAGAUCCCUAUGCCGGUGAACUUCAACGAGCCUCUGUCCAUGCUGCAACGCCUGACGGAGGACCUGGAGUACCACGAGCUGCUCGACCGCGCGGCCAAAUGCGAGAGCUCGCUGGAGCAGCUCUGCUACGUGGCUGCCUUCACUGUCUCCUCCUACUCCACCACCGUCUUCCGCACCAGCAAACCCUUCAAUCCACUCCUGGGGGAGACCUUCGAGCUGGACCGCCUGGAGGAGAACGGUUACCGCUCCCUGUGUGAGCAGGUGAGCCACCACCCGCCGGCUGCCGCACACCACGCCGACUCCAAGCAUGGCUGGACGCUGCGCCAGGAGAUCAAAAUCACCAGCAAGUUCCGGGGGAAGUACCUCUCCAUCAUGCCUCUGGGCACCAUCCACUGCGUCUUCCAUGCGUCCGGCAACCACUACACGUGGAAAAAGGUCACCACCACCGUGCACAACAUCAUCGUGGGGAAGCUGUGGAUCGACCAGUCGGGUGAGAUUGAAAUCGUCAACCACAAGACGGGCGAUAAGUGCAACCUCAAGUUUGUCCCCUACAGCUACUUCUCCAGGGACGUGGCUAGGAAGGUCACGGGGGAGGUGAUGGACCCUGCGGGGAAGGUGCACUUCCUCCUGCUGGGCACCUGGGACGAGAAGAUGGACUGCUACAAGGUGGCAGCGGGCAGCGGCGACAACGGGGCUGAGGGCCGGCAGCGGCCGCACGAAGCGGAGGAGAGCCGCGUGCCGCUGUGGAAGAGGAACCAAUUGCCGAAGUACGCAGAGAACAUGUACUACUUCUCGGAGCUGGCGCUGACGCUCAACGCCCCCGAAAGCGGCACGGCGCCCACCGACAGCCGCCGGCGCCCCGACCAGCGCCUGAUGGAGAACGGCCGCUGGGACGAGGCCAACGCCGAGAAGCAGCGCCUGGAGGAGAAGCAGCGCCUGGCCCGCAAGCGCCGCGAGGCCGAGGCUGCCCGCGCCACCGAGGACGGUAAGGAGGGAGCGGGGGACCCCCGAGCCCACCCCGACCCCGCGGCGCUGAGCCCCGCUGCGCCCGCAGGCACCCCGUACGACCCCUACAAGCCGCUGUGGUUCGAGCGCAAGAAGGACCCGGUCACCCAGGAGCUGGCGCACGUCUACAGGGGGGGUUACUGGGAGAGCAAGGAGAAGCAGGACUGGAGCGGGUGCCCGGACAUUUUCUGAGCUCGCCGUGCUGUCGGCACCCACCCGCCCACCGGGGUUGCCUUAGCCCAUAGCCACACUGACCUUGAUGCCGGGGUGGGGAGCGGGAGCCAAGCUGGCCCCCCCGGCCCCUGGAGCUCCCCCCCCCUCUGCCCUCAUACGUGCACUCGGCCCCGGUGCCCUGGAGCGGGAGCGGCUCCCAGGGAGUGCAUCGGGGCGAGCCCGAGGCUGGCCUUGGUCUCUCUCCCCCCACCCCGUUAUUUCAGCCCCCUGCCAGGCAUUCGGGUUCUCUGGGGGGCCGGGGGCCGGGCUCACUCGCCCCACAGUGGUUAUGAUGUAGGGAGCUGUGUUGGGGGAGGGGGGCACCCUCUCCGUGCUUGCCCCGGUGCCCCCAGCACGGUGCCUUCCUCCUAGGGCAUUUGGGGCGGCGGGGGCAUCGCAGCGGGGCAGGGACCCCUCCUCCAUUCCCCCACACCCUAAACACUACAGCGGCCUGAGGAUGGUGGGGGAGGGGGGAGGGAACUCUGCGGGGCUGAGCUGACCCCGUGGAUGGGGGGGAGGGGGGCGCCUGGGGGCAGUGAGUGGGGGCAUAUGAUGCCUUUUUUUUUUCUUAUUAUUUUUUCCCCCCUCCCCCUCCUUAUCUCUAGGAAAACAACUAAAUUAAAAUCUGUGGAUGCCCCAA